AUGGCUUCAGGAUACUUGUUGCUGCUGCUGAUCGCGAGCUCUUCUGCCCUGGAAAAAUGCAUGAAUGACACAGAUGUUUUUCUCCAGGAACUCAGCCAGGACAAACCAAAAGAUUUUGCUGUUGUCAUGUACGAUUCAUUUGGGAAGAUGGGAAGUAACGUAAGAGGAGGCAACCUCAACCGACCAGGCUUGAUGUCUGAAUGUCGCUCUGUCCACACGGCUUCCUUCUCUGGACAAUACUGCCAGGUGUUUCUGACUCAGGGAGAUUUAUUCUACUUUGUGGGGGUUUGUGUUCCUGACUCCUGCGACGAUAAAGAGGUGCACAUGUUGAUGCUCGAAGGGAGGCUGAAGGUUGGAGAGGUCUCCCUCAUUCCUCCUUUACCAUCUAUAUUCGUCAAUGAGUCUAAACUGGAAGUCAUGUCGACAUAUUGUUUGUCCAACGCUGCUGAUCCUGACGCAUCUGGAAUCGCUUGUCUGGUCAUUUGUGCUGUUCUAGUAGCAAUUCCUCUGGCUGCUACGCUGGUCACUGCUGUGAGGACUUGUCAGCAGAGCAAAGAAAAGGCUCCAGCAGUCGAACCUUUCUGCUUGGAUGAGGGGAAAAGCCAUGGAAACUUCAACAUGUCUUCUUCCUUAAAUUAUCAAAAGGAUGAUUACAGUACACGAGAAGACAAACAACACAAGAGAACACAGAAGAGUUUCCUCAGUCGCUGUUUGCAUCAGUUUCUGGAAGCCUUCUCUCUUCAGACGACGACUCAGGGAGUCCUCAGCACCCCGGCAUCAGUCAAGGAUUCCUAUCCUUCCUUGAACGGCAUCCGAGCUCUGAGCAUGUUGUGGAUCAUUUCAGGACAUUCUCUGUACACAGCAACAUUAUACCCUACUGAUAACAUCAAAAGUUUACAAGCAUCUUUGAAAACGAACCCCCUGCAUGUGUUCACUGUUGGAGGAGCCAAUUAUCUGGGCGUGGACACUUUUCUGUUCUUGGGUGGUUUGUUAAGCGCCAAGAGUCUCCUGAGCUCAAUCCAGAGGAAUGAAGACACCAUGAGUCCAAGUCUUGUGGCAGAUUUCUACUUCAAGAGGAUCAGAAGGGUACAGCCCCUCCACAUGUUUGUGGUUAUGCUUUGUGAAGGUGUCUCAUCUGUGUUCAAUGGAGGCCCUUUGCUGUGCCUACCUUGGACAUGGUACCUAUCGCUGGACUUUCAGUGCUAUGCCACAACUCCUCUGCUGAUUCUUGCCCACAGAAAGAACAAAGUUGUAUUUGCUGUUUUGGUGGUCACCCUGCUGCUGAUGACCAUUUUGACAGGAUCUAUUUUAACAGCACUCCUGCAUCUACCUGUCUUUCAGUCAGAAAUUAGCUCAUCAGUGGACUUUACUUUAUUUUACUACCAAAAACCCUACUCCAGAUAUGGACCAUUUUUGAUAGGAAUUCUGUUCGGAGUGUAUCUGAAAACAAGGAAGGCAACCCUUCUAAAGAAAAAGUGGCAAGCGGCUCUGGGAUGGAUAUGCUCUUUGUCUGUCCUGGCUCUGGUGGUGGGGUUGAGCUACGCCCUCCAGGACACACCAGACCAUCCAUCAGCACCACAUGCCAUAUACCAGGGACUACACAGAACCGCCUGGGCGACAGCUCUUACCUGGGUCGUACUAGCCUGUGAGGAGGGCUAUGGAGGUUUUAUCAUGAACCUACUUUCACUGAAGUUCUGGCUUCCUCUUUCAAACCUCAGCUUCUCCUGCUACCUAAUUCAUCCCUUGGUUGUUUACAUAUACAUUGGCCUGCAAGAAACGCCGAUACACUAUUUAGACAUCAACUUUAUGUAUAUGUUCGUGGGUCAUGUGGCGCUGACCGUUGUCCUGAGCUAUGUGGUGACAGUGUUGGUGGAGAGACCUUUCAUUCUUCUGAAGUGGAAGUGA